AGUCAACUUUGAACCACACCAUUUUAGCCAAUCAACAUUAAAGAGUGAUUGAAUCCUAUUUUGUCCUCUGACAACCCAGAGGGAUGUUUUGUGACACCAACCAUGGGAAGAAUUUCAGUGUUCACUGAUUUAAUUUUAUUGCUAUCAUACACAUUAUUGUGUAACUCUGAACCAGUAAAUCUUGGGGAACCAUAUCAAAAAGCCAUCUUUAGACAUCCAAUGCCAGUCCCGGGGCCCGCACAAAAUGUACAAGCCUCAUUUCAAAACCUCAUUGAAUCCAGAAGACCUGCUUCUUGGAGGGCCGCCCAGGGCUCUCCGCCGCAAGAGUUUAUCCAGAUACCAAUGCAAGUGCAAUCGCAAAGAACCAACUACGCACCCGUGCCUCUCGCUCCCAACAGGCCUUUGCAAAGCCAAUUGAAUUUUGGACUGAGCAAACCUGAAGCUCCUUCACAAACUCAACAAGGCUUCCAGAAGCCCAUGCCAGGUCCUGUUCUCCAGCCCGUGGUGAGGGAUGAGGUGGUGAUACAAUCAGGGUUUGAAGUGAAGAUGCCGGCAAACACUGUGGAGGUUUAUUGUGGAGAGGACUCGGUCAAAGUUCAAGCCCAGCAGGAUUUCUUAGGGAACCAUCAGUUCAUCGACCCAUCAGAUCUGACGCUUGGUGGUUGUCCUUUUGUUGGAUUUGAUGACCAUGCGAGAAUCGUUGUCUUUGAAUCUACUCUGCAAGGAUGUGGGAGCACACUUACGAUGACUGAGGAUUCACUUGUCUAUUCUUUCAUUUUGAUGUAUUCGCCUUCACCCGUUCCUGACACGCCUAUUGUGAAGUCCAAUGAAGCCAAUGUUGACAUUCAUUGCAUUUACCCAAGGAAACACAAUGUGAGUAGCAAUGCUUUGAGGCCUACCUGGAUUCCUCAUGCUGAGAUGAAAGCUGGAGAGGACAGAUUACAGUUUUCAUUAAAACUCAUGACUGAUGACUGGAGAAAUGAACGACCCUCUAGUACGUACUUUCUGGGAAAUUCCAUAAACGUGGAAGCGUCAGUGGUCCGCGCGAAUCACGUACCCCUUCAGGUUUUUGUGGAAAGCUGUGCGGCAACUUUGGGUCCCAGUGGGAACGCAGCCACAGUUUACACAUUCAUUGAGAACAGUGGGUGCAUGAUUGAUGCCAAGCUGACUGGUUCCAGCUCCACAUUCAUGCCCAGGAUUCAGGACAACAAAUUACAGUUUCAGAUCGAGGCGUUCAGAUUUCAGCAAGACCCCAGUAGAUCAAUCUACAUAACUUGCCAUUUGAAAGCUACAUCAACAUCGAGUGCCACCGAUUCAAUGCAUAAGGCCUGCUCAUAUGUAACCAGAACUAACAGCUGGGUUGCUGUAAAUGGCGACGAUCAUUUGUGUGACUGUUGCGAGUCCAGCUGUGCUAUAAGAAAGGGAAGAAGUGUCAACUCUGAAGAUUUCUCAUUGGAAGAUGAAGCUACGGUGGGACCAAUAUUUAUAGAGGAAACACGACCAGAUGAGAAGCAUUUACUCCCAAUUAGAGAAUCUUUUCGGCCUUCUUUAAAAGAUCCAGAGUUUUCCAUUGAGCUGCUGCUCGUGACUGGUUUGGUGGUUGUGGUUGGAGUUUUGUCUGCCGUUAUCCUCGGAACGUUGUUUUAUCAAAAGCAUCUGAAACGUCUUACUGUAAUAUGUGAAUGACAAUAAAAGUCAUUUUUGUCUCA